CUGUAUCCCCUCCUCCAUCUGAACGCGCUACCCGAGACCUUAAAUGCUUCUCGCCACCUAUGGAAAGAGACGUUUAACUCUGCCCGAACAUCGUGUCUCGACGCAGUUGUGGUUUUCCUAAGUUUUCAGACUUCUGGAGGACACUUACCUCUUCUCUUGGAUCACCGCUUCAUGCGCUCUUGCAGGGCGUACAAGGUUGUGUGUGAUCUCUCCCCCUCUCCUCUGUGACCUCGAAACCCCCAGUCAGCAUUCUACCCCCUUUCCCCUCCUCUCCCCGAGGCCAUGGUGCUGGGGAACCUUCUGGGUUUUGGGAAGCAGCUGCUGAGGGUGAAGGUGGUGGACUGUAAUACAGAGGACUCCCGUCUGUCCCGAUGCCUCAACACUUUCGACCUGGUGGCCCUGGGCGUGGGCAGCACGCUGGGCGCUGGCGUCUACGUGUUAGCCGGUGCCGUUGCGCGAGAGAAUUCGGGUCCAGCUAUUGUGCUGUCUUUCCUGAUAGCAGCCUUAGCCUCAGUGUUGGCCGGUCUGUGCUAUGCUGAGUUUGGAGCCCGAGUUCCCAAGACUGGCUCGGCUUAUCUUUACUCCUAUGUGACCGUAGGAGAACUCUGGGCCUUCAUCACCGGAUGGAACCUCAUCCUCUCCUACAUCAUUGGUACCUCGAGCGUGGCCCGCGCAUGGAGUGCCACCUUCGACGAGUUGGUGGGGAAACGCAUCGAGCUGUUCUGCAGAGAGUACAUGGCCAUGAACGCACCCGGUAUACUGGCGGAGUACCCUGACAUGUUUGCUGUUCUCAUCAUAAUCACUCUGACAGGUCUGCUGGCAUUCGGGGUCAAAGAGUCGGCGAUGGUGAACAAGGUUUUCACCUGCGUCAACAUCCUAGUCUUGUCGUUCAUGGUGGUCUCUGGUCUGGUUAAAGGCACUUUGAAGAACUGGCAGCUAGACCCCGAAGAGAUCCUGCAUCCUAAUCACACCAGCAACUCCAGCGUCAAUGUGACAGACAUCCUGCCAACCACAGAGCGGUUAGGAGCGGGCGGCUUCAUGCCGUUUGGUUUCACCGGCGUGCUGUCGGGAGCUGCUACCUGCUUCUAUGCCUUUGUCGGAUUCGACUGCAUUGCCACCACAGGUGAGGAGGUGAAGAAUCCCCAGAGAGCCAUCCCUAUCGGCAUCGUGUCCUCGCUGCUCAUCUGCUUCGUGGCGUACUUUGGCGUUUCCGCCGCCCUCACCCUCAUGAUGCCGUACUAUCUGCUGGACAGCAACAGCCCACUGCCUGUGGCUUUUAACUACGUCGGCUGGGGGGGAGCCAAAUACGCUGUAGCUGUGGGCUCUCUUUGUGCUCUGUCUACGAGCCUGCUGGGUGCUAUGUUCCCUAUGCCGCGCGUGAUCUGGGCUAUGGCCGACGACGGGCUGCUUUUCAAGUUCAUGGCCGAGAUCAGCCCCCGCACCAAAACCCCGCUAACCGCAACCCUCACCUCUGGCGCAGGGGCAGCUAUCAUGGCAUUUCUGUUCGACCUCAAGGACCUGGUGGAUCUGAUGUCAAUAGGGACGCUGCUGGCCUACACAUUAGUGGCUGCCUGUGUCCUGGUGCUCAGGUACCAACCUGAGCACCCAAGCGUGGCGUAUCACAUGGCCAACACCCAGGAGGAGGUUGAGCUGAGUGACGGCAUCAGUGCUCCCAGUAUGGGCAUCCUUCCUGGUAUGGAGGAGAGGUUCAGCUUCAAGACCCUUUUGUUCCCAGACAACAGUGAGCCAUCCACACUGUCAGGCUUCGCUGUCAACAUAUGUGCCUCCGUCAUGGGAGCGUUGAUCUUGGCAUUCAGUAUCCUGGCAGUGCAGGGAGGCGCCGCCGUUUGGAGCGUCAUGGCCCUCUGCGUCAUCUUCAUGGUGUGUGUCCUUCUCACCUUUAUUAUCUGGAGGCAGCCAGAGAGCAAGACGAAGCUUUCCUUCAAGGUUCCGCUGCUUCCCUUCAUUCCGGUGAUCAGCAUGUUUGUCAACGUCUACCUGAUGAUGCAGCUGGACAGAGGCACUUGGAUACGAUUUUCUAUCUGGAUGGCUAUAGGUUUCGUGAUCUACUUUGGCUACGGUUUUCAUCACAGCAACGAGGCGGCUGUGGCCCGCUCGCCUCUGGGCACAGAGAUGAAUGGCUUCAAGCGCGUCCAGGAAUCGGAGGCCAUGUCACCGGAAAAGGAGGCCUUCCUGCACUACACCAACAAUGCCAGGGAAGAGGACGAUGGGGAUUUGUAAAAAACAAAAAAGAAAGAAAAAAAAGGCAUCAGAAAAAAAAUGCUGCGUACAUCUCAACCUGCCCUGACACCAGUCUAUCCGUGUAAGAGUGUUUUUGAGCCGACAACUCCCAGUCCUUCCCCGGCACUGCUCCCUUUUAGCGGGGGGAAAGAUUUAUAAAAAAAAAAAAAAA